AUGGCUGUCGUUGGAAAUUUAACAAUUACGCAGUUACUGGUACUACAAAUGAAAGCUCAAGCAACGCUCAAAGAAGCCAUCAGAAAUGAGCGAUCGAAACGUUGGGAACAGGUCGUCAAAAACUACAUCGAUUUGUUGAAAUUACUGUCAAGAAAAAGGUUCCCGGAUGACUGGAAAUCACCUGGAUGGUACUCUCUUCUGAUGUACGAGACACAUUAUCAUCUAGGUCUGGCUUUUCAACGUCUUGAUCGUCACAAACGAGCUGUACACCACUAUACAAAAUCAAUCGAUGCAAUAUCUAUACCAAAGAACGGAUGUGCGGCAAAGUGCAAUUCCAACUCUUGUCUGAGUACCCCAGUAUUUGCCAAAAGGGCGUUCGGUAACGCAAAAAUCGGUGAAUUGAAAAGUUCAUUAAAAGACGCAGAGAAGACAGUUGUGUUAGACAGCAAGAACCCUGAUGGGUUCUGUAUCCGCGCAUUGGUUCACAGCACAAGGGGCGAACGUAAACUUGCACUCGGCGAUGUGGACGCAGCACUCCUGCUGAAUCCCAAUCACGCAUGCGCGCUGGUGAUCAGAGGCACUCUUGACAAAUCAGCGAUGGAGGAGGCUUCCGAUCAUGCAGGUGGGAAGCAGAAUUAUGUUCACCCAGAUCAUUUAAAGGCAUGUUUAGUGAAACCAGAUGCUCAGAACUAUUUGGACGUCGGCGACUUUAAACAUCCAAGAAUUCUAGACUUUUAUGACAGGUCGUUUGCUGUUGCCUGCGACUUCGACGUUAACAGUUUUGUAGUUUGUUCAAAACCUAACAUGGCGCACUACAUUGUUUUGUUUAUCCCAAAUGACGGCUCGCACGAUAGUGAUUUCUGUAUUCGUUAA